AUGUCAAAGCUAGAGGAAAGUCACGGCAUCAGUCCCGCAAGCCCGGCCUCCGAGAGAAACGAGAGCCUAAGCGGUCAUGCGGCUCGGUACGCCAAGGUCUAUAGUUUCUUCGGAUUCACGCGUGGAUACAACUUUCCUCUAUGCUUUUCGCUUUCCCGCCUCGAAGACUUGGAUUAUGAUGGCCACUUCAAGGAGCAUUUCGCGUUGGUGCCAGGAUACUGGUACUACUUUCAUGAGGGUCACUACCGCUACGGAAUGCUUAUUCAUCUCGCAUGUAUAUUGCCUGCCGGGAUCUUGAUGGUGUUUCAGUUUACACCGAUUAUCCGCCACAAGUUUCUCAUGUUCCACCGCAUCAAUGGCUACGUAGUCAUGCUGCUCUGCCUGGUUAGUAAUGCGGCUGCAUUUGUCAUAAUUCGGCACAAGCAGGGUGGACACCGGGCAACGAGUCACGCUGUAGAAACGCUCAUGGGUAUCAUCACUACCGUUGGCAUCGUAAUGGCUUGGUGGAAUAUCCGCCGGAAGCAGAUCGACCAGCAUCGGGCCUGGAUGCUACGUACGAUGUUCUACAUGGGGGUGACGAUCACUGCUCGACUCCUCAACCUGGCGGCAACUCCUAUCAUCACCCGGAUCGGUAACUACUGGUCUGUAUGGAUGUGCGACGAAAUUAGUUUUCUUUACACCAAUUACGACAUGGAAUUCCCCAAGUCCGACUAUCCGGAUUGCUUAUUGCCAGAUGGAUCCCUAGAUCGCUGGAAGCGGGUUGCUGUCAGUGCAGUGGAAAAUCCGAACAAUCUGGAGCAACUGGGCUCAAGUUACGUGAUUGCUUUUGGAACAAUGCUAUGGAUCUGUUUAUUCCUCCAUGUGGUUGGAGUGGAAACGUAUCUUUGGCUGACCCCUAGGGAGUCGGAAAGACUACGCCGUGUCAGUUACGAGAAGCAGGUGGAAGCCGGGUACCGCAACCCUGGAAGUGCUGGCCUGGUUUUGGAUCGAUGGGCAGACGCUGAUGCCUGGACUCCUGUGAAAUAG